AUGGUAUCUCCCAUGGGACUGAGCUCUCAUAUUUCCAAAACGUACGGGAAACGAUCUGGCGUUAAACGAAAACAAACGAACGAUUCAACUGACCGCAGGGACAUAAAUGAUGUCCCUGCCACUGCUAAACGGAGGAGACGUUCCCCGGACCUGGAGACAACUCCCUCCCCUGCUGAAACUGAUGCAGUUAGCAAGGACAGCACACCACCCCGGCCGUCACCAAAAACAGUAUAUGGAACGCCUUGCCAAACGGCUUCCACACCUGUUGUUCAACACUCUCCAUCCAAACCUGCCCGAGAUCUUUCUCUUAUCUUUGAAGACAUUCUACCAGUCAAUAAUACAUUGCCUUCCCCUUCGAAACUUGCGAAACGCAUGCUUUCGCGCUCGAAGACGGAGUCAUCAGUAGAAGGUCAAUCAUCACUUCAAGAAACAAAAGUCGAACGUACACCUUCUCUUCCCAACCUAUCCUCACCUUCGAAAACAGAAGAGCCGGCAGCAUCUACUUCAAAGUCAAUCUCGGCGAUUCUCCCAUUAGUCACUCCUUCCUCUAAUGCACCGGUGACUCGAACAUACGCAGGAAAAUUCAGGUCAUUCCUUGUUUCUUUCCCCGCUACGUCAACGGCGCACGACCCUCUUUCCACUGUUAUUGAUGCGGACGACUUGGAUGCUCGAGAGUCAUAUAGCUCACUACGGAAUCGAUGGGGAGUCGAUAAUUCGGAAGAUGACCCGUACCACUACGCGUCUCCGUCUCCCUCCAAAUCUUUAAAAUCCGAUUUAUCAACUCCAGAUACAUCUCCGUCUCGGCACGGUAAACGGAAAGGAAAAGCUGUAUCAAGUUUCCAGAAUCACUCCAUAUCAAUGCCUGACUUGAUGAAUCUAAAAAGCAUUUCAGAGCUACGUAAUAAAGGGGAGAAUAGACGCUUUUUCGAUGAAGUUGGGUAUCUAUUUGAGGGUAUGGAUAAAACUGGUGGCAUCGGGCUUCGACGCGCAAGCGCACUUGAAAUUACGACCAAACUAUGUGACCCAGAUUUUACUCGUAAAGCAAAGGCUGCAGACUUUUUUACCAAAACUUGGGAUGUAUUUUGUGGUGCCGGAGCAGGUCAAGGUGGAGACAAGUUAUUAGAUACAAUUUUGGCUUUUUUUGUGACACUAGUGGCUCGCGAUCCCUCUUUGCUUGCUGAUUUAGCUCAACAUGUUUCUUCUGCCCCAUUUCCAUCCCAAUUGGCACCUAAACAACAUCGUGUAGAGUCAUCUUCGUUUGUCGGGGUUCUUCUACAUCUUUUGGAGAGAUCCUGUUCGGACUGUGAUCCUCUUCGUCUGGUCAUGCCCAAUAGCACUACGGAGGAUUCUGAUUAUAAGAAAGCAGGUAUCAUGAAAAAGGACCAUUCUACUCUCGCAUCUGUAUACAAAACGAUUAUCAAGUCUGAUUUGUUUUCUGCAGAGACGAUGAUUUCUACCUCACUUCUCAUUAGUUAUACGCUUUCUAAUCUGCCGCCUGCUUUAAUAUCGACCGCGUUCUUUCCAUCGUUUCUGGCUUCAUUUCGCGCAACACUGGCCUAUGGUACCUCUACUUCUUUAAUGUCUGCGUUAUCACUUCAUUGGAAGGAUGUCGCUGAAUCAAUCUCCUACGAAACCAUCUACUACCAUCUGCAAUUACUCGACACGUAUCUCCUGGAUCAAUGGGGCAACUCUGUUCCUGAAGGAAGUCAACCCGAAGAUGGCCAACGACAACCACAUGAAGCUAUAAUGGAAGAAGCUCGUGAUACAUGGCUCGCUGAGGAUUUGAUCUCAUUGGCUAUAUGUGUCGAACUUGAGGGAACAAACGGUCCCGAGUUUGCACAAGGCUGCCUUGACAUCACCCUGCGGAUACUUGUGAGCCUCACUCAUGCUGAUGAGCUAUGGGCACGCCGAGUUCUCAAUUGCGAAUAUACGAUGGGUUGGCUUCUUCGCCUUAUUCAUAAAUGCGGCCAAGACCUCCAACACAAUCAACAGCAGGUCAAGGUUGAAGACGGUGUCAAGUCAGAAGAAGAAAAUCAUCUUCUCUCAGAUAACUUAUCAGAUUCGGCAACUUCCAGCUCUGCUCUUGACACGUUAUGUCUGGCCCUGGGACUACUCACAAACUUGGUUCAGGUGGUAAAGGAGGCCAGACAGAUUGUCUCCGACAUUCGUUUGAAUCCAUCGUGUACACUUCAAAAACGGGCUUGCAUUCGUAAAUGUGUUUGCUCGCGCUCUGUCUCAGGUGUCGAGGUUCUCGCCCAUUUAUAUUCCUCCUUUCAGAUCAAGCCCGAAGCCUUACCUACCUCUCUGGAUGAGGAAUCUCCCGAAGCAAGGGCAGAGGCGGACGCCUCCUUCCUACGCGGGCAUCUAUCAGUUCUCUUUGGUUUGCUCAUGAAGGAAAACUCUGAAAAUCAAUCUAAAAUCCUAGCCGCGCUUCCUACUCCCACUCUGACCACUUCUAAAAAUGUUAAUAUGGUCAAGCGAGCAAAAAUGAGCAGGCUCGUAGAGCAAGCCAAAGACUUUGCAGCCUUUUAUACCGCCGUCAGCAGCAAACUUGGUAGUGACACCAACAACAGCACAGUCAAAGAAGUUGUUGCUUUCUUGGCUAAAACACGAGACUCGUAUGCGUAG